UAUCAGUGUUGUCCGGAUAUCACAUGGUACUUGGAAUAUUCUUGCAGGUUAUAAUUAUUUUAGGUAGUUUUUGCACGCCGGCUCUGAUAGCAGUGUACCGUGACACGCUUGUCUUUGUCAUUUACGGAAAGCAAUGCAAUGGAAACAUAGUUUAUUAAUCACUGGAGGAUAUUUAUUUGCAUGGGGUGUUGUAUAGAUUAUUAAUACAGGCAUCGACGGGGUAGAUCAGAGGUUACUCUACGCGCUCAGCGAACACUAUGUACAGUUGUAUUUAGAAAUAUUUUAAUCAAUGGAUAGCACAACGUACUUUCAUCGUUAAUGUUAUAUGUACAUUUUUUUGAGACCUGACAUUUUCAUUUAAAAUACUUCCAUAUUUUUCUUUCAUCCCUAUGUAAUAUUUUACACCAAAAUUAUAUAAUGUGCAAACCUCGAUUCUUCCCCGGAUUCGUUUAAAUGAUAUCAAAUAUAUUUUCGACAGCAACAGUUUUUAUUUAAAACAUAGAAAGUGUGUUUUAUCGCUUAGGAACUUUAUAAACAUAAGUCCAAUUCUCAGGGUGUGUUGGGUCAGGUAGGCAGUGGCCAUCCGUCGGUUUGAGGCGCAUUUGCAUUGAUAAUUUAGGAUUUGCUUAAUUUUCAUGUCGUAUAUUAUGUGAGGAAAAAGAAAGAAGGAAAUGUCCCUGUUAUUGUCAAUUUUUUUUUGUUGACUUAAUUAAUUUAGACUGUGCUGGAUACCGUGACAACAUCCAUUCUGAAUUGUAACACAGAUUGUAACGAGAUAAAUCACUGCAGAGACGGUUAAUAACGGCGUCCCCCUCCCUCUCCAGUCCCAAAGAACAGGAUGGGCUUACAGAAAUAGCAAUUAAUAAACGGUCAGUCUGUACUUUAAAGUGUAAUCUAAUGGGUGGCAGCAUUGAGUCUGAUGUUAGAUAUUUCCUUUGAUCAGAGGAGAAUAAUGAGGUGGCCGUUUUCAAUUAUUAGUUGCCUGAAAAGGCUCUAAACAUAGAAACGGUAAUAUUUUUUGUAAGCCCCUUCCUGUAAGAGCAGGCCUGGGAAAUCUGGACUAAAGAUGAUCUGAUCGCGAGGCGAUUUGAUCUUAGCUGUCUAAACAUAUGACUCAUGUGUCUCCUGUGCUCACAAUUCCACUGCUUUGUAUCUCGAUGGCAUAAAAUUGCAUAUGGUUGUCUGGUUUGACAAUCGCUGCGAUGCGGACAGCUUCCACGCACAUCAAUCAGGCUAGACCCUCUGUGUAAGGGAGCUAAAUCAGCCACGAAAAAAACAAUAUUCAUACGAACUGCAAGUCAAUUACAAAAAAUAUUUCUAAUUAUAGUCUGCCUUUGCUAAAGUACUUGAUAAGAUAUCACAGCUCUGAAUCUCAGGUUUAAAAUACAAAUGCUCUAAUUUAGAAAGGAUGACUGAGGUGUAGAUGAGUCGGCGAUAGGCCCCCAGGUGUGGGACCCCGUGCCAAAGACUCGCACUUCGGUAGCUGUGCAGAUUCAGUGUCUGCCAAGAUGUUUAAAGCAGACCUUGUUUGAUUCAUCACAUGUUUGCCCGUUGCCUUGUUGCCAUGGCGAUCUGGAGACUCAAGGCAAAUAUAGAUCAGUAAGUAAAUAAAUAUGUAGUGAUUAAGAAUCAGUGGCAUGACUGGUAAUUGUGGCAUCUGCAUGCUCAUUGCCCAGGAUACGUGCACAGGUUGCAGGCCUGAAUUGACAGCUAAAUGGCAGUUUUCUUCAAAGUGUAAAAGACAGACUGAUUUAAAAAUGGUGGAAGUGUCGACAAAGGUCUAGACUUUAGAGUUUUUUUUGUUUGUAUACAUCAGCAUGGGUUUAAUGUUUUAAAGAAAUGUCAUAUUAACUUAACCGUUGACCCCUGUUAGAAUGGCUUAGCCACCUGUACUGGUUUGCAUACGUAGCAAAGUCGAUCGUAAUAGUGCCUGAAUGAUAGUGAAUGCCUCGUGCAUUUCCGGAUGACAAGACUGCCUUUACAGUCAUCCUUGUAAGCUCAUAAAGGGACCGUUCUGCACUGGGUCUUACUGACAGCCUUACAAACUCUUGACAUUCCCUCAUCCAGUGUCGUCAGGUGAACCCCGGAGAUGCUUUUCCAGCACGUGAGGACUUGCCUUCACUUUCUGGUCCGGCUCCUCCCAGCCCGUCUCUGUUUGAUGUAGGCGGAGUAGCAGCGGAGGGCGUGUCGUCUGCUCAGUCAUUCCCCUUCUUUUGCCGCCUUUCCACCGGCACCGAGAUCGAAGCCGUACCACAGACUGGUUGUAUUUGACUGUAAAUAUGUGAGCCAUCCCCCAGCUGUACCCAUGGCCCUACUUGCUAGCAGGACCAAACCGAGCGGGUUGCAUCACCACCAUGUGAUUGAUGAUGAUGCAGGGAGACACUGGACGUAAGGUUGAGACUUACACUGGAGACUGGACACUUCUGCACGUGGAUUAUCUGAAGGGAAAAAGGGCAAAUUCUAUAUAUUAUUCACUACUGGUAGUAUCGCACAUACAUUCCUGAUAACUCGGAACUUGAAAAUGUCCACCCACCUGCUGAAAAAGUACUAUAAAACAGCUGAACGAAAUAGAUUGGUAAAGUGAAUUUACACAAGAGAAUGCUAAUUCCGCUAGCGUCUGAGGCUAACAUAACGAUGGUGAUCCUCACAGAUGUGCUAGAAAAUUAGGAAAUUAGCGCACGGUGAAUCACAGUGUGCCCCGUGUUAACGGGUUUUACGUUACUGUCACUCCGCAAGUGAUGGCAAAGCAGGCAGUGGUGGCUUAAUGGUUAGGGAUGUGCACUCGUAAUUGAAAGAUUGCAGGUUCAAAUCCCCGACCAGCACUGACUGAGUAAGGCACUGCUCCCCGGGCGCUGAAUUAGCUGCCCCUUGCUAUGUCGCAUAUGAGUUAAAUGCAGAGAACACAUUUUGUUGUUGUGCACUGUGUGCUGUGGUGUGUCAACAAUGAGCAUCACUAAAUUCAAUUCAAUCCCGGUGCCGCCUUUACCGGAGUGACCCUUGUGCAGUGGAAAAUCAAAGUGAGUUGGAACUGCGCUGUAACUAGUCUCUCUCUGCGGUACGGCUUGGGUACGAUUCGGUUCCUGUAUGCCAGUGGAACAGUGUCAUUUGUAAACAAUUUAUACAGCCCGAUGGUGUGUUUUUUGUUGUUGUCCUGAUGAAAACGAGGUUUUGACUGGUGCUGCAACUGUAAGAACACAUCUGAUCAUAUCAAAAAUGUCAACAUUGUGGCUUCGUGCUGAAUCAAAGCAGUGUGUAACUGCUCGACUCAGGGGUUAUCUGGGUGGAAUUUGUACGUAGUGUCAUACAUGUAGGCAUUAAGGUUACAAGUGACACAUAAUGAAGCCAUCGAUAGAAAUUUUUAGGACAGAAGUAUCACCAAGAGUUAGCUCUCAGGUGUGUAAUGAGAGUGUUAAAUUGGUAAAUAAAAGUGACUGGGAAGUCUAACCGGUUAGGGUGCCAUUUUCCAUGGAAAUUUUAAAAAGGAUGGCAGUAAUAUUGCACGUUGAAGUAUUAGUCUGCAUUUCUGCUAACUACUAACUUAAACAUUUGUUUUCAUAAGUGCCUGUCCGGAGAUCUCCGUUUCUCAUCCUAACAGGCUGCUGUCAGGGCGUGUGCUGUGGUUGUGUAUUUCAUAAGCCUGGGUAACCUUUGUAGACGUGUGUGUCAUUUCCUCUCUGUUCCAGGAAGACUGGAGGCAGGAAGGAUAUAGUUCAUAUCAAGUAAUCAGGAAGUUAAUCAACCGUGAGGUGAACAAAGUCUCCCCCAGAUGUGGGGGGGGGAACUUUUGCAGUCUGUGGCGUAUUUUUUAUUUUUUAAAAUUGAUGGUAAAAUUACCGAACUGGGUUACUGCAGUUUAUCAUUCAGUUGUAAGCAUUCUGAAUGUGAACAUUCCUUUUUCUGUACGGCCUAAUUGUGACCAGCGGAAUACCUGCAUGCAGGUACCUGAUGUAGGUAACAUGGUGGCUCUAAAGCCCAGAGCGUCUCCAGGUUUGGGUCUCUAAACACCACCUACGUUCUGCGUCUGUGCAGUUGGCAUGUUCUCCUGGGGCUCUCACGGGUUCCCUCUGGGUUCUCCUGCAGUCCAGAGACGGGCUGAUUGGGAUCCCUAAACUGCCUGUGGUGUAUUACUGUGUGGGUGCCCUGUGAUGGACUGUUACCCAGUCCAGCGCGUACCUCUGCCCUGUACCCUGUCUGUGACCAGACCAGGGUAAGAGGUUAGAAAAUGGAUGGACGUAUUUGUUUUAAUUUGCCAAAACCUUAUUAUUGUACUUAUUAUAGACUGGAAUCUUACUUAAAAUACAAAAUAUUAAGUAUUCAAGAGUAACAUAAGGCAAUGAAAAGUUGUAAUUACUUUAUAAACUAGGCGCUAGUUAUUAACUGAAGACUGGGACACGGUAUUAACUAAUUUUGACACUUGAAAAAUGGAACGGAGGUGUUCUAUUUUAAGGCACGUGUGUUCUUAAUUUCAGGUUUCGGUUCAAAGAAAUGGGUCGUGCUGCACUUUAAGCCUAUUUCAGGUUUUUUUUUUCGAGUUUUAUCGCUUUAUUAAUUCAGCCCAUCCAUCUUCCAGUCAGUUAUCUGGUCUGGCCGUCUUCAUUAUCGCCUUUAUGAGAAUGUCAGUUUCAGCUCUGCUGACGGAACCUCACAAUCCUUCGGAUAGCUUGAAACAUUGUCUCAGAAUAGGAAGUAUUAACAGGCUUUUCUUAUUUAGCUCGUAACUAUGAAUUACUUCAGAGAUUUGAAAUGUAUCGUGCUUGAUUAGCUAGUCUGUGGAUCCUGAUUUAUUAUGCAGUUAUUUUCUAGCACAUUCUGUCACGUGUGGUUGUGUUGGCCAAGAAGAGCAGUUCAAGGGCCCAACCGGAUAUUUGGGUUUGGGUUUGGGUUGAUCCUCUUACUGGGUUCUAAACCUGCUCGCCAUUGGUAAUGUUACUGCCUGCUUCCAAAGUGCCUGGUUCGUUAUGAAACCCGACUUUCAGGAGUGAUAUUGACUUAAUUUUCAAACUGUUUGGAUACUUCAGCUAUUUGCAUUUCCAGCCUUGACAGACACUGAAGCAAACUGGCAGAUUGAGGUUCCCACUGGGGGAGGUGUUGUCCCUCAGGCCGAUGCUGGUCUUUGUGUCUGCCGAUGCCGCUCACUUAUUUACAGCAUUCCUUUGACGCACGCUCAUUAAUAAGCAUCUGGCUGUCUGUGAGAAUGUCGAAUGAAUCUGAUUAGCUACAUUAGGAUCAGGAUCGGUCAUUUCCCAGUGUGUUUUACUGGUGAAUUAACUGGUGGCGUUCAGUUAGCCGGCAUUCAGGAAUAGCGUAUGAGCAUCUUCGUGAAGGACUCAGGGUCAGAUGGGGAAGGUCUGCGUCGCCCGUACUGCUGUGGGAGAGAGAAUGUAGGCAUUUAACGACUUGCGAAAAUAAAAGUGGGAUGCGGAGGAAGAUGCCUGGGCUGAAACGUCUGCUGUGCUCUCCUACAUUCCACCAUAUCCUUCAUUUUGUUUUCGUUCGGUCACCGAAGCGUCUCGUUCAUGGCCUGUUUGUGUCUGCGAUCGCUGAUGGCGUCGUACAGGACUGACGGUGUGACGAUUAAUGGAUACAUAGUUUGACUGAUUAAUAGAAUCACAAGACCCUGUUGCAGUUCUUCGGUGAUCAGAUACACACUGGCCCUUUGCACAUAAGAUUUGCCAUCCUGCUUUACUGGGUAACCGUUUGCGUCUGGGAUGCUGAUGGUUUAUUUAGCUGCUUGAUUGAUGACUAAAAACCUGGAGUGUCUUAUUUUACCAGGUGAGACAGCUAAUCGUUUUCGUAGGUUCAGAUUCAGUACUGUUCCAAAACAGAGCCUUCCUGCGGCGUAAACAAGUGUCCUAACGGUGCCAGAGCAGGACGCUUCACAGCUUAGCCGUCGCCCCUCAUCCUGCUCCUAUUCAGAGUUUAGCCGUUCUGGGUUUUAAUCACUAAUAUAAUACUGCUUGGAUUCUUCAAACUGGAAAUGUAUGUUAAUAGUAGUUUAUAUUUUAUUGAUCCCCGAAUUUUAAUGUUUGAAUUUCUUAGAACUUUACUCCUUUUAAUUUGGAGAUAUCAAGGGUCUUAUUAGCUAAAGAAAUAUUCUUUCUUGAUACAUUUAUAUCUAUCAUGUACUGGCUUUUAGUAGUGUUAGUGUUUUCAAACCUCUGAAAAUCAUCUACUUAUCAAUCGGUAGUGUGUGGCUCCACGGGCCAGGGCUCUGUGACCAGAAAGCUAGAUGGUUCGUAUCCUUUUAGCAGUACGAUGAUGUCACCAUCGGGCCCUUGAGCAAAGCCCUUAACCCCAGGGAUUGGCUGACCUGCUUCCUCAACUGUCUCUCGCUUUGCAUAAAGGCACCUGUGAAAUUAAUGCAUUGAAUCAAUACGCUGUUUUGACUCGCCUGCCUGAGUCACCGAGGCCCGGAAUGAACCGCAUACAUGUGCGUAAGGGGCUCCUGCAGCUGCUAAGUUCUCAGGAUAAAACUUUAAUAGCCUGUAGGCCUUAUGGUGAGAGAACCAUUAGGGGGAAAAUCUACCUUACAGUCAAAGCAUAAUUUAUGUGAUAUUCAUGUGGGGGAGAGAAGAAUUUUUCCUUUCCAGGCCAGCCUGGUAACAAACAGCACAGUUAGAGCUCCAAGAGUGUAAUUAAUUUAUGUAUCUAGAAUAAGUAGAGAUUAAUGGUCCCCACAAAUAGGUAGCAACGUGGCUUUCCUCUUAUUUCCUAACACGUGAGAGGUGAAAAUGUAUACAUUUGCCGUGCAGUCUUUGCAAAUGAAAGCGGGGUUUAAAACAACAGUGUCUAAUGUUUACAGAAGCGAUAAGCUUUUUGCUGCAGCUCGAAGUCGCCCCCAGAGGAGCAUUCGCCUGGCGUCUGCCCAAAGCUCCCUCAGCGCAGCGUGAGGCGUACAUCCGUCCAGAGCUCCCCGCCAAAAACAGCCUGUCCGCUUGUCACGGCAGAGAGGGCAGGCUAACACUGCGGCCCAGGCCUCCCGCACUGUAGAGAGUGUUAGUGCACAGAGUGUCUUAUAUUUUAAUCUUUAGCACCAUUGUGUGUGCGUGUUGGAGGAAGACGAUAAAACAGAAUUUAAAAUACAAAAAGUACUUAUCAUCCUUAUUGAUGGGAACGGUCAGCUUAGCUUUGCCAGAUAUUUUAACGACAUGGCGAAGCACUGUGACUGAAAUGGCCGACGUCUGUGGAGUUCUGAAGUGAUAUAAGGUCCCGUAUUAAAUGCCAUGGGGGUGAUGGUGUUGCUGCUGUCCAUCUCAUGGUGGAUGUUGAAGAUGGUUCACCCAUGACAGGCCAACUUUCUGUGUCGCACUUGCAUGGUCGAUGGGAGGUGGGACCUGUACAUGUUUUACUUUCAGGUGACAUCUUGGUCAACCUUUUGUAGAUCUAUGUUUUUUUUCCUCUCUUCUGUUCUACACCCCCUCAUCACACACCAUAACUUUGUAGACUUGUGUUUCUUGCACUUAACUGUGACACACUUUAAGAGCGUGCCCACAUAUUCCAUGAAUUGUGCCCGGUGUCCUUCAACUUAGGAAUAUAUUUUUGGACUCUCUCCUGUGAUAAUUGCAUCAGUUGGGGCCCCCAUAGAUCUGCGGAGAUGAGCAGACCUGGGUACAGAAGAGGAUCCCGGCAGAAGGUGUCGUGCUGGAGGAGAGCACUUCAGUGAGGAUGCUGCAGGUAGUGCCUGGGCGCCUCGGGGAAGGAUGGUUUACUCAGCUAACGAGCCCGCUGUGGAUGCAGGGGAAGCCAACGGUACCUCCAUCCCUGGGGGAGUCGGACCUCUGAACCUGUCCCGGCUCUUCCUGAGCGUGCAACGAAACGUGGCGGACAUGUCGACGGAGAACGCUUCCUCUGUUUUCAUAACGACCACGGGCAAGGCAGCCCUCAGUCCCCUAGACGGUGUGGGCGGCUUCAGCUUGCCCCUUCAGGUGUUCUUUUUGAUCGUCAUCAUCUCCAUACUGCUGGUCGCCUUCCUUGGAAAUGCGGUGGUCUGCCUGAUGGUCUACCAGCGCUCGGCCAUGCGCUCGGCCAUCAACAUCCUGCUAGCCAGCCUGGCUUUUGCGGACAUGAUGCUGGCCGUCCUCAACAUGCCGUUUGCCCUCGUCACCGUGGUAACCGCCAGCUGGAUCUUCGGGGACAUCUUCUGUCGGGUGUCGGCCAUGUUCUUCUGGCUCUUCGUCAUUGAGGGGGUGGCUAUCCUGCUUAUAAUAAGCAUUGACCGGUUCCUCAUCAUUGUCCAAAAACAAGACAAGCUGAGUCCUUACAGGGCUAAAGCACUGAUAGGGAUCUCAUGGAGUGUCUCCUUCUGCUUCUCCUUCCCGUUAGCCGUGGGGGAGCCAUUCCUGCAGAUCCCAUCCCGAGCGCCGCAGUGCGUUUUUGGCUAUACUACUGAGCCAGGCUACCAAGCCUACGUGGUCAUCAUCGUGCUGGUGUUCUUCAUCGUCCCUUUCUUGGUUAUGCUGUGCUCCUUCUUGGGCAUUCUGAAUACCAUCCGCCACAACGCCAUCCGUAUCCACAGCCACCCGGACAGCAUCUGUCUCAGCCAGGCCAGCAAACUCGGCCUCAUGAGUCUGCAGAGGCCUUUCCAGAUGAACAUAGAUAUGAGCUUCAAGACGCGUGCCUUCGCCACUAUCCUCAUCCUCUUCUCCGUCUUCACCGUGUGCUUGGCGCCCUUCGCCACGUACAGCCUGGUCUCCACCUUCAGCCAGACCUUCUACUACAGGCCCAACUUUUUUGAAAUCAGCACCUGGCUCCUCUGGUUAUGUUACCUCAAGUCCGCGUUGAACCCUCUCAUUUACUACUGGCGCAUCAAGAAGUUCCGGGACGCCUGCUUGGACCUGAUGCCCAAGUACUUUAAGUUCCUGCCCCAGCUGCCAGGGCACAGGAAGCGCCGCAUUCGUCCCAGCGCAAUCUACGUGUGUGGGGAACAUCGCUCUGUCGUGUGAUGCCUGAACGGGAGAGCUGUCCCUGGCACUGGUACAUCUAGGUGUUACACCCACCAUUGGUAAACGUUUGAGGGGCCAUCGGAUGAACUGCUGUUUUGCAAGCGUAAGGAUGCCUUGGAUCGUAUAAGUCUGGUUUACAGAACAUGUAAAUUAACUACUUGUAUGGACGUUUCAGAUGUUCGCAGAGUUGUCACUGGUUUCAAUGCUUAUUUCUCUCUUGAGCGUCCGUGCCUACGACUUUAGUCUAUGCCAAUCUGAAUGCUGCUACCUGUAGUGACCAUGUGCAAUUUCAGUGUACUGUAUUUUAACUUGAAUGUAAUAAAAACACGUUUGUUACAUUA